GUUUUACUUGAGCUCGGAAGCAGUAGCAAAAGUGACGGCGAACGGCAGUGAUAUUUGUAGUAACACUAAAUAUUAUCAAUUUGUAAUUUUUAUGCCAAAUAAAUAUUCUAAUCUUCAAUAAAAUACUAAAUAUUAGGUAGAUGUGGAAAUAAAUAGCAAAACGAUCAAAAGAAAAGGUAGUGGUGUAUGCGGAGAGUAUAAUUCAAGCUAAUUGUGUUAAUUCCCAAAAGGGGAUGCAACAAAAGAAAACGAGUAAAAAAAAGGAACAAAGUAGCGAGUAUGCCAAGCAGAGGCAAAGAACUGCCGAAGCAGAAGCAGAAGGGCGCAGGGCAGUGCAGUUUUGUCUGACAAACAGAUGACAUUCAUUCGAGUGGUAGUAAAAAAAUUGGAAUAAAAAUUUGGUUGUCAAUAGAAUAAAGAAUAAAAAAGUUCGAAAAUUUAUAUAUACAGAUAUAUAUAUAUAUAUAGUAAGUGUGGCAGUGCAGGUAACUAAAAAGUGAAAAAUCGUAAACAAAAUUAUAUAUAACGAGCACAACGUAUUUUUUACUGUUAAAAGGUGAAGUAGAUCCAGAAAACACCUUGUAGAAAGAACGACGGCUAAAACGUUUUUGCCAAGGCAAAGCAGAGUGUUUUUAUAAGUGCACAUUACAUAUUAUGUAUGUAUUAAUGUAUAUAUGUGUGUUUUGAAAUAUGCUUAGCUGCAGCACGUUGUCGAAUUUGUUGUAUGUGGUAGCUUGAACUUCCGUCGCUCACGCAAAUAUAAAAACGGUGCCGUCUGGAGAAGUUAAGAUACAUGUAUGUACAUAUGGAUGUAAUAAAAAUUAAGUAGAAAAAUAAGAGAGAGUUCAGUGAAAAUAGUGAAAAAACCCUAGCUGCUUCAUAUCCUAACACAACAGCUUUGGACAACUUACCGUAUAUCUGGAAAUUUUACCUGUAAGCUCUGAAUAAACCGGAAUUGCAGACUCCCAGCACCAGCGCGAACAUAGUAAAAGCAACUGCGACAACUACACUCUGGAAUACUUCUACGUGAGCACAGCCAGUGAACUGCCAAACGCGACGUUUUCAUGUUUUUUACGUAACAUAUGUCAAUUUGACUAUUACAAUAAUAUCGACAGGCGGCAUUACCGCGAUCUAUACGACUCCCAGCACCAGAACGAGAACGAGAACGCGACCGCGAACGAAAACCAUUGCAACAAUAGUAAUAGCCCCAACAUUUACAGUAACAAUCAUAGUUCACAACGAGACAUUCACAAUUGCCUACAAUAUUUGCAACAACAGCAACAACAACUGCUAGUGGAACAACAGUACCUCAGUCAACUUCGUCAUCUACUUCAUCUACGUCAGCAGCAGUACGGCUAUUAUCAAGAGCGUUAUCGGUUAUUGUUACCGGUGCUGCCACGUUUUCCACUUGAAGUGCAACAACAACAGCUAGUACGACCUAUUCAAGCAGUGCAGCAUAGAGCACUAACGCUGGUGCCUACUCAGCAACCACACCAACAGCCUUUGACGGCUUCAUCAUCUUCAUCAUCAUCAGCGGUGGUGCACAACGAAGACGAGAGCGCCGUUGUUGUCGCUUCCGCUUCUGCUCCCGCUUCUUCAGCUUCUGCCCCUGCCUCCACUGUCGCCGUCAUCGCCGCCUCUGGUUCACCCUGCACACAGCUGCGUCCGCAGCAACCAUUCACCCUGUUACAACACACACAAAUGUCCAAUAAGCUAAAUCCCAAACGCCGCGAAGGUCCGAUCACUACCGGCACGGGCACACCAUCGGCCACCAAUACAUCCUCAUCCGCCAACACAUCCUCCUCGUCUAGUUCGUCGCUGUCGUCCGCCGGUGGAGGUGAUGGUGGCAUGUCUGCCGAUCUAACUUCGUUGUUUGAGUGCCCGGUGUGCUUUGAUUAUGUGUUGCCACCGAUAUUACAAUGUUCUAGCGGGCAUCUGGUAUGCGUAUCAUGUCGCUCGAAACUCACCUGCUGUCCAACAUGUCGCGGCCCAUUGGCCAAUAUACGCAAUUUGGCCAUGGAAAAGGUCGCCUCAAAUGUGAAAUUCCCGUGCAAACACUCAGGUUAUGGCUGUACAGCAUCGCUUGUCUACACCGAAAAGACCGAACACGAAGAGACAUGCGAAUGCCGACCAUAUCUGUGCCCAUGCCCGGGUGCAUCAUGCAAGUGGCAAGGACCGUUAGAUUUGGUCAUGCAACACCUAAUGAUGUCACACAAAAGCAUUACUACGCUACAGGGCGAGGAUAUUGUCUUUCUCGCUACCGAUAUCAAUCUGCCAGGGGCUGUUGAUUGGGUCAUGAUGCAGUCGUGUUUCGGCCACCACUUUAUGUUGGUGCUGGAAAAGCAAGAGAAAUACGAUGGACAUCAGCAAUUCUUCGCUAUUGUGCAGUUAAUCGGCUCACGGAAAGAGGCCGAAAAUUUCGUGUAUCGAUUGGAAUUGAAUGGCAAUCGGCGACGCCUAACUUGGGAGGCUAUGCCGCGCUCCAUACAUGAAGGUGUUGCUUCUGCCAUUCACAACUCGGAUUGUCUGGUAUUUGAUACAUCGAUUGCACAGCUGUUUGCGGACAAUGGCAAUCUAGGCAUUAAUGUAACCAUUUCAAUUGUUUAAAAACAGCUUACACACACACACACACACACAUUUGAUAACACAUAUACACACACAAAUAGAGAGAGAAGACAAGGACAGGGAAUAUUUGUAGAAAAUAAAGCAUGGAAAUGGUGGAAAAUAGAGCGAGAAUGAGGGAUGGUCACGAGUUGUUGCAAAAAGGGGCGAAGACGACAAAGCGGCAAUUAAAUAUAGAAUAACAAAUUCAUGCAUACCAAGGCGAAUUUAUAGAAGGUGACUUCGCUAGAGCAAAAACAACAUUUACAUGAUUUUUUUUUUUGUAUUUGUUAGUAAUUGUGUUAUUGCGGCAGCCGCAGCCAAUGUUUUGGUGCGUGACUACCGUUCGGGAUUCGGAGAGAACGUAGGCUCGAAUCUCCGUAAAACACAAAAAUGAAGAAAAAGUUUUUUUUUAAUAGCGGGCGCCCCUCGGCAGGCAGUGCCAAACCGCCGAGUGUAUUUCUGCCAUGAAAGAGCUCCUUAUAAGAAAUAUCUGCCGUUCGGAGUCGGCUUAAAACUGUGGGUCCCUCUAUUUGUAAAACAACAUCAAGAUGCACGCCACAAAUAGGAGGAGGCGCUCGGCCAAACGCCCAAAAAGGGUAUAAACGCCAAUUAUGUACAGUGGUGGCCUUAUAAUUAGAAACGAGAUAGCAGCAUUUGAUUUUACUAAUACAAUUUUAAAAUUUACUUCGCCACAUCAUUUUUUUUUUAUUAGAAAUAAUACAAAAACAAGUAGUCUUUCAGUUUAACAUAAAAAAUGUUCACCAUUACUACAAUCCUAAAAAAAAAAAAAUAAACUUAAUACUAAACCCAAAUGCAUCUUGGUCAAAUAAUUAGAAACGACAAGGAAAACUUAAAAAUAUCUUCAAAAAAUUCAACAAAAUUAGCAUAAUUUUAAUAUUUUGUGGGAUAACCCUUAUUUUUUAUAACAUUUUGCAGUCUUCUCGGCAAAUUUUGUAUUCAAUUUUGGCAUCUUUCAACAGAUAUGCUCUCCCAGCUUCGCUGCACCAAUUGAAACAAUUCAUUAUUAUUUCUCGGACUUUUGUCCUUGAGAUCUCGUUUCACAAUUGCCCAUAAGUUCUCAAUUGGGUUGAGAUCAGGACUUUGCGGUGGCCAGUCCAAAACAACAAUAUGUUGAUCCAAAAGCCAAAGCUUUACUAACCGCGAAGUGUGCUUUGGAUCAUUGUCAUGCUGGAAAAUGUAGUGAACCGGCAUGUUCUCAAAGGAAUAUGGUUCCAUUACAUUUUCCAGAAUGCUUUUAUAUUGAUGUUAGUCCAUGAUUCCGUCAAUGCGCACAAUUGGGCCCACGCCACGCCAAGAAAAUGCUCCCCAGACCAUAAUAGAUCCGCCACCGUGUUUCACUGUUUUCACAGCAUACCUGGGGUCCAAAGCUUUGCCUGGAGGACGCCUCACAUAUGUUUUCCCAUCAGAUUGGAAUAAAUUGAAUUUCGAUUCGUCACUCCAGAGAACUCUAUUCUAGAAUCUUGCAUCUUUUUUGAGCAUUUCCUUAGCAAAUCGUAACCGCUUCAUAAUAUUUUUUUGACACAUGCUGUUUUUUUGUGCGAUGCACCCACGUAGUCCCGCUUCUUGUAAGCGCCUUCUUAUCGUCCGACCCGAGACUUCUACGUUUAAUUGCUCUGCAACUUCGGCUUUUAUAUCAUGCGAAGACAUAAAAGGGUUGCUCUUGCUGGUCCUACAAAUAUGCCUAUCAUCCGCUGGAGUUGUUUUUCGAGGUCUAGGCUGCCUGGCUGGGGUUUCAAAGUUCCUCGUUUUUUUGUACAAAUGAAUUGCUCCGAAUACCAUUUUUGGAGCAGCCAAACCUUUGUGCGAUAGCCGACAUUGAAAUUUUUUCCUUUUUGUAACACUGUACAAUUAGCUCCCUCAAUUUCGGGGAGCAUGACUUUUUCUUACCCAUUCUAACAAUUGAGAUGAACUAAAAUUAGAAAAGCUAAUCUAUGGAUUUUUUCAGUAUACUUACUUUAACACUAACUCCAAGAUAAAUAUAGAAAAUUUAAGAAAAAACUGCGCGUUUCUAAUUUUGUGGCCAGCCAAGAAACACAAUCAGAGAAACAAUGUGAAUUUUUUCAGGAAUCAACCAUCAAAUAUCAACGUGUUUUUCUAAAUACAAUGUUCAUCGCCUAUUCUAAGAAUAACGGUGCUCAUAAUUCACAGUGCACGUCUUCCAAAAAUAUGCACAGUGAUUUUAUUUUUCUUAGCACAUCGUUUCUAAUUAUAAGGCCACCACUGUAUGUAUGUAUAGUUACUGUUUAGUUGGAUGGCCAACAAAUUUCAUACAGAAUGUAGGCAAACAAAUAAGACACUUUGAUAUUUCCAACCAGGAAGUCACAAGGAAAGAAUCAGCUGCUAUAACGAAGUCAUCUUAUGUAAAUUGCUGCAUUCUUUUGCAUACGACCUGCAAAAGACUAUUCGAAAUCGUUUUAUUUUUUGUAUUUAUAUAUCCAGCAUUUGAGCGUUUCGUUUUGUUCAAGUUGAGUUCAUACAAGGUGAUAUCAGUAAUACACAAACAAAUUUUACGUGUAUUUUGUUUUUGUAAUUUUGUGGCUUGAAUGCCAAAACUGCAAUCAGAAAGUAAACUAACGAAACUAUGAUGAAAAAAAAAUCGCAAAAAAAUAAAAAAACACGAAUCAGCUGUUCUGCUGAUGUCACCUUAUAUUUGUGCGCCUUGGUUUUAUUUGACGCUUUGCUGGAAUUUCCCGAGUAGGAUAUUUUGUGAUGUUGCUUUCCACAAAUAAUACGCUAAUUUUCUUAGCGUACUUUUGCAGGCCGGUUGCAACAGGCUUAAGCUAUAGAUAACUGCGAGCACAGCCAACUUCAUUUAUUUAACCAAAUUUGAGUUAUUGGUGGAUGAUUGAAUUGAAGUUUGAAAUUUCAAAUUUGUUACUUGCUGUCAACAGAGAUUAACAUUGCUAAGCGCAUAUUUGACCAAUAAUUUCAGAAAAGCUCUGCUGGUAUCCAAGCUAUAGUCAGUAUCUGCGUUUACCUGCACACGGAAAUAAAAUCUUAUUAAAUAUUUUAAAGAUUAGGGGAAAUAAAUUCAAUAUGAAAGUGGCCAUAUGAGCACAACACAAAUAUGCCAAACUGUAGUCAUAAAUGGUAUACAUACAUUUUUAGUGUCGUCUUAUUAGUCUAGUGCCUCUGCAAAAUAAUGCAUCAACAUAAAGAAAAAUGCGGUUUUAUGUACAAUCUUGUUAAAUUUUGUUAAAUGAAAUUCAUUAAUUCCCAUCGAGGUAUGAAUCCUUAUGCGUACUGUAAAGCAAUGCCUGCCAUUUCCAUGUGGAAAAAGUUUCUAAAACGACUUCUCAAAGACGUGACUAAUUUGUAUCCUAUUUUUAUGUUAUUCUUCUAAACCUAUUAUUAAUUAUAAUUAAUGUUAUGUAAUUUCAAAAGAAAACAUUGUGUAGUUUAAUUUAAUACAAAAAACAAAUAUUUUCUGUCAUUGUACGGCAAACGUCGUGGGGUAAGGAAAAUGCGCAACUACAAUAUUUCAUGUAUAUGUAUGCAGGUAUAUAAUCACAUACACACACACACACACACACAUACAUGUCGAAUAAAAUAUUUUUUUUUGGAAAUGUUUCGAUUCCAUGUAUGCUUGGUGUUUGGCGCCUAUUUUACUUAUCAUCCUACAAUUUGCCUUCACCAUUCUUGUAUAAAUUUGAAGUUUACUUAAGUUCGUUCUUCUAGUUUACUCUAAGAUGUUAAAACUAAAAACCAAAUAAUUAAUACAUGAACUCAUACUUUUGUACUAAAUAAUUAGGGAACUGAAGUUUUAAUGCGCUAGUAUAACUUUGUAUUUGUAAUUGAACACAACAUAAUAAUUGUUAAAUGUAUAAAGUGAGCGUGAACCAGAGCAAAAUCGGUCAUGCUUUCAAAAACAAAAACAAAAGCAACAACAAAAAAUGCUUUCAAAUGCAGAAAAGCAUAUUAUAGAAAUUUCAUGGCUCAGACGAGAAUUUUGCAUUUUCCUUGAUUUAAAAUCAUCCUGCAUUGCCCGAGGAAAACGCAUACAAACAGACUCAAAUCGUACAACAAAAACGUUUUUUAAUAAAUUAGCAAAUGCGCUUAAAAAAAUGUUUUUUUUUUUUCAAAUUCUUAUAAAAUGUACAGUUGCGAACACGAAAAUAGCAGUAUCAAAAGAAUCAACCAUCAAAAGAAUACUCGUAUUAGAUUUCUAAAAAAAUUUUUUAUCUAUGAUGUGAUUAGAAAGUUUUUAUUAUAUCAGGUCAGUCCAUAAGUUCGUGCGUUUUUUAAAGGUGGUUGUAAAAUUAAUAAAAAAGAUGUUUAAAGUAUUUAUUAAUCAAUAAUAUAUUUUCCUUCAUUAUUUACAAUGUCUUUCCAACGUUUAGGCAAAUUUUUAAUUCCCUGCUGAAAAAAAUGUUUGUCCUUGGAGCCAAAAUACGCUUCAAUAUCCCUUUUUAUAGCUUCCUUUGAGGAGUAGUUCUUGUUACUCAUAUGGGAUUGACGUCCACGGAAAAGGUGAUAAUCACAAGGUGCAAUAUCCGGAGAGUAUGGUGGAUGCGGCAUUAGCUCCCAUCCGAGUUCGUUCAGCUUGCCUAAUGUUUGCCUUGCCGUAUGAGGUCUUGCGUUGUCGUGGUGAAACAAAACUUUGCGUCUAUUCACUAAAGACGGUCGAUUUUUGUUAAGUGCCUCAUUCAGGUUUGUUAGCUGAUGGGAAUAAUAAUCAGCAGUUAUCGUCUGGUUUGGUUGCAGAAGUUCUUACAAAACAAUACCGGCCAUAUCCCACCAAAUAGACAGGAGGAAAAUCUUCUUGGGGUGAAAGCCAUCUCUAGGGGUCCGUUCUGGUGUUUCAUCUUUAUCUAACCAUUGGCGUUUGCGAACAGGAUUAUUGUAAAGGACCCAUUUUUCAUCACCAGUAACGAUACGGAGCAAAAAACUUUCAUUUUCAAGCCAUUGCAGCAGCUGAGAACACACAUUCACUCUCUGCUGAAGGUUGGCGACGGAAAGUCUAUGCGGAACCCAUUUUCCCAGCUGUGAAACAUUUCCCAACUGAACCAGGUGCCUGUGAACUGUUCCAUGCGAUGAAUUUAACCUCUGAGCUAUCAUAUCGACUGUCAAAUUUGGCUCAGCUUCCACGAGUUCGAGCAAGGCGGUGGAGUUAAAGACUUCAGGACGACCAGCGCAGGGGCAUCCUCGACGCCGCAGUUAUCACUUCGGAAUUUUCAAAACCACUUUUGCGCAGUCCUUACACUCAUGGUAUCCUCUCCGUGAACAGUGUUUAUUGCUGCAGCAGCAGUGGUUGCAUUUUUACCACUUUUAUAAAAAAAAUACAAAAUAUGUCUCUUAUACGCGUUCGAACAUUUCAUUUAAUUUUUUAGCAACACGUGCUUCUAUCCGCGAUUAAAAUCACUUGUUGAAUGCACAAUAUAUCAAAGAAAAUAUAAAUAGUUCCGUUAUAUUCCGCGAAUAAUUUUUUAUAUGCAAAAAUCGUACAAAAGUGAAAUUAUAGGUAAAAUACGCACGAACUUAUGGACUGACCUGAUAAUUUUCAAAUAUAAUUCUAUUCUUUAAUUGAAAACAUAUUUAAAUUAAUUCUAUAACGAAAAAAAAAAAUGUUUCUAACAAAAGAUAGAACUUCAGCGUAAGCAUUAAAAUUUUGGCUUGUUCGGAAAGUAAUUUCGUUUUUUUUGUGGUGAAAAUGAAAGACCAUUUUAAGCCCAGGCCCAGUUGAAUUCGUUAAAUUUAACCUCUCACCGAUCUCACGUUGUGUUAUUCGCCGCUUUGCAUCAACUAAUGCCUUUAUCGCGAUUUCAACCGGCCUUCCAGAAUGCGGUGCAUCUUCGCCAUCAAAAUUGCCAUAUCGAAAUUUUGCAAACCAGUUCUGGCACGGGCGUACGGUCAACCAUACACAUCGGUUCAUUUUUUUCUACUAAAUACAAUCAAUUGAACUUAUUCACACACAAGCCUUGCUAUAUCAGCUGUCAAAACAUAUAAUGACAAUGCGGCUUAGGUGUAAAGUUAACUGUAAAAAAAUACAAUUAAACCCUCUGUCGAGGAAAAAACGAAUAUACUUUCCGUAAAACCCAAUAACUGGGAACGAAGUAGCGAACGCAUUGGUGAGAGGACCCGAACUCUUCCUUGCUAUAGGGCAACACAGCAUCACGGAGAAGCUUAGGAGUGAAGAGCUAGGUCUGCUAAGGGAGGUUUGCCAACACCAAAAUAUGAGGUUACGCCAGGCGAAAACCUUAUUGGUAGUGUAUAACCAAAAGAGGUUUAAGAGACUCAGGACCCUCCCCAAAGAUAAACUGAGAAUGUUUAACGGCAUUCUCACGCCACUGCAGCCUGUGAAGUCAUCUGCACAUGAUCGGGAUAUGGUCCACUAACUAUUGUCGUUUCUGCGACGAAUACCAAUGCAUCUUCUCCUGGAAUGCAGCGCUAUAACGCGUAGAAGGCUGAUAAAUUUCGGCCAACUGCAGCCAGAAGAAAGGCACAUACGCUCAAACCAACCCGCAGAGAUGGAAAGCAAACUGUCGAAGGUUAUACCCAAAAUUUUGGGAUUGUUAACAGUCGGAAUUGGUGUGUCAUCGACUUUUACCUUGAGUUGCAGUUUGACCUCCUUUGUCUAGGUGGUAAAGAGUAUCGCCAGGGGAACUGGGUCUGGAUGUGGCACUGUGAUGAGCAGAGGCCACAAACGGCCAUGAGCUUGAAGUGCAAAGCUCGAAGAAAUCAAUCUAUCCAUGUAAAAUAAAAAUAACAGUGGUCAUACGAGUAUAAGUAACGCAUUAUGAACAAGUUUAUAGAAAAAUUAAAGAAAAACAGCAUUAAGAAAGCUUGCGUAGAUGCAUAGUUGAAACACCAACCUUUGGUCUUCCGACUCGUGUGUUUAGGAUCAUUGUCCCGCUGGUCGAUCCAUUUUAUUGCCAUCUCCUCUCUGCAAUACGGCAACAUAACAUUUCUUUUAACCCCUCCGAAAAUAACGAUUUGUCGAACUAUCCAAAAUACGCCUCUGUCUCGGCGAUGACUUUCGCGCUUGAACUAAAUUUUUUCCCGCGAGCCAUUUCUUCGUGUUAGAGAACAAGAAAAAGUCGCAGGGAGCCAGAUCGGGUGGAUACGGGCGAUGCGGCAGCAAUUCAUAACGCAAUUCAAGCAGUUUGGCGGCGACAACUCCGGAUGAAUGUGCUGGUGCGUUAUCGUAGUGAAACAGCACCUUCUUUUUCGCCCAAUGCGGUCGUGUCUCCUUCAAUGACUCUCUUCGCCUUCUUUGGAGCAGAUUCACCGGAAGAAAUCCAUUGUUUUGAUUGUUGCUUAGUUUCUGGUGUGACAACUCGACUCGACUCGAUGACAAUUCAACGCAAAAAUUCCUUCGGAUUCGCUUAAAGUGUUGUGAAAGAGGUGAACUAACAGUAGGCCCAGGAAACAUGGUUCAGAAACGAUGCCGGAUCAGUGGCAGUGAGGCAUUAAAUGAGUUGGUUUGGGUUGACAUGAGAAGAGGUGAUCAGUAUCGCGCGAGGUUUCUUCACAUAUCUGAAAUAGGUAUAAAUGUAACCUGUUGUGGGAACUCCGAUUGCGGCAUUCAUGGGGCUAUUGUCUUUCUUUUGUUCCACCUUAAAAAUAACUGCUUAAUGCGCUGAAGGCGAUGUUGCUAAUCUCAUCUUACGGUAGGGUCGACAGGGCGACAAUGUGAAACAAAAAACAGAGAGGGUUUAGGUGAUUAGAUUUAAGUGCGCAUGUGAAGAGCUCUUAAGGUUAGUGUCACCCGGGCUACCUUCACUUGUCGGACAUACAUUCGUAGAUGGCGUGGACACAGCGAUAGUCCGCUGUAGUUGUUUUUAUAGUAUAAACAUUCCCCAUCCAUUUAUAGGGAAUGCUCCUGAAGUAAAAGUCCUUGGCAGGUUAUAAAUCCGCGUCAUUCCGGUUACGUAGAACCGACUGUCGUGGUAGAAGUAGUUGACUCUGCCUACUGGCGUGAGUGCUAAUAGUUCAGCGUCUAGUGAGAACGAUCGCAAGCUUCACAAUGCCAAUUCUGGACUUUGCCAAAGGCUAAAUAUUAAUCAAACGGCUACAUCGUGUUGGGAUAUGUUUCGGUCAAGAAGCGCACCGAGGGAAUGGUAAUUCCUAAAAGACUCAGGCCCAAAAAGCCUAUUGUAUUCGAAGCUCAGGCGAGUAAAAGGGUUGACAGACAAGGAGGGAAGGAGAGAAGUGACAGAAGGAGAAAGAUAGGAUAGCAUAGAGGUAGAUAGACCUGUGAGAAUUUUCCAGAUUCUUUGAUAAAUCUGAAAAUAUCCUCUAGUUUGAGGGAACGAAUUUUACUCAUUCUCAUGACAUCGGAAUGCGAAAUUCGUAGCCCCUGCUCUAGCAAAGGUAGAACAUUCACAGAGAAAAUACCCAGUGCCAUCCGCCUCCUCCAGACAAGGCAGGUAAAUAGCGCCCUCAGUGAUUGAAGUAGUGGUCAUAUAUCAUCCACCGAACGUCUUUUCUACCAAGCUUUAGAAGAAAGUUCGACAGUUUUCUGUUUGAGCCUUUCACAAAACACUUUGCAGUUCUACUGAAUUAAACUGAUUCCGUUUAUUGGCUGUAGUCCCCUGUGGCGUAACCACUGAUCUGCAGUUGGCCAAAUCAUCGGCAAUUUCAUUUCCUUGAAAGCUGUUAGUUACUAAGUACUCAUGUCAAAUAUGUAGAUAAUACCAUUGUUGUUGUAGCAUUGUCUGGACACCAGUUGUUUGGUUCCUUUUAUUGCCUUUUUUUAAUUUUUUCAUCUAUGUAGCCGAAUGGGUUGGUGCGUGACUACCAUUCGGAAUUCACAGAGAGAACGUAGGUUCGAAUCUUGGUGAAACACCAAAAUUAAGAAAACGUUUUUUCUAAUAGCGGUCGCCUCUCGGCAGCAAUGACAAACAUCCGAGUGUAUUUCUGCCAUGAAAAAUCUCCUCAUAAAAAUAUCUGCCGUUCGGAGUCGGCUUGAAACUGUAGGUCCCUCCAUUUGUGGAACAACAUCAAGACGCACACCACAAAUAGGAAGAGGAGCUCAGCCAAACACCCAAAAAAGGUGUAUGCGCCAAUUAUAUAUAUAUAUAUUUUUAUUAAAACUUUUAUCGAAUAUGUAAAAGUUCACUCUGGAGUGACAAUUGUAGCCUCAUGAUGCAACUUGCACUCUUCGACUAUAUUAGGGCCCGUAUGUAGAUAUACCCUUCAUGGCAUUAGUUUGAGAAAUUCACAAAUUGCGUUAUCUUAAACUUCGAGACGUACUACUGAUUUGCUGUAUUUCGUACAACAACUUUUCUCCUACUUAAUUGUAUGUUUGUAUGUAUUUGAGUCUGUUUGAACUAAUGACCCAUAAUAAAUUAAAACCAAAAAGACAACGCCAAGCAAAAAGCAGACGUGAAUUAACUCGCUCGAAUGCGAAAUGCGUAAA